CUUCUCCCGCCGGGUAUGGGAUCCGAAUCAGGCCCCCUACUUCUCACACGUGGGGCGAGAUCUGAAUCAGACCCCUUGCUUCUUCCGCUGGGUGUGGGAUCCGAAUCAAGCCCCUUGCUUCUCACACGUGGGGCGAGAUCCGAAUCGAGUCCAGUGCUUCGCUUGGAGCCCUCCCUGGAAGGGACUGGGAGAUGUGUGCAGCCCCCGAGCCAGCCCCUCCGGCUCCCAGGCCUGUGUGCGCCCUGGCCGGCAGCGCGGGGAGAAACAUUCGUAAGGGAUGCUUCCCUAGCUGCCCUGUACAGCAGCAGGGAUGGCGAUUCCAGCUUGAACGACGAGCUUCGAAACCUCUCCCUCUCUGGCCAUGUGGGCUUUGAUAGUCUUCCAGAUCAGCUGGUCAACAAAUCCACCUCGCAAGGGUUCUGCUUCAACAUUCUUUGUGUCGGUGAAACCGGCAUUGGCAAGUCAACGUUAAUGGACACUCUGUUUAACACAAAGUUUGAAAGUGACCCGGCCACCCACAAUGAGCCUGGCGUGAGGUUGAAAGCAAGAAGCUAUGAACUGCAGGAGAGCAACGUUCGCCUGAAGCUGACUAUUGUUGACACGGUUGGAUUUGGAGAUCAGAUUAAUAAAGAUGACAGCUACAAGCCCAUCGUGGAAUAUAUCGACACUCAGUUUGAAGCCUACCUGCAGGAGGAGCUGAAGAUCAAGCGCUCGCUGUUUAAUUACCACGACACAAGGAUUCAUGCCUGCCUUUAUUUCAUCGCACCCACUGGACACUCGCUGAAGUCUCUAGACCUGGUCACCAUGAAGAAGCUUGACAGCAAGGUCAACAUUAUCCCUAUCAUAGCCAAAGCCGAUACGAUUGCAAAAAACGAGUUACAUAAAUUCAAGAGUAAAAUCAUGAGCGAACUGGUCAGCAAUGGAGUUCAGAUCUAUCAGUUCCCAACAGAUGAAGAGACGGUGGCGGAGAUAAAUGCUACGAUGAGUGUCCACCUUCCCUUUGCUGUGGUUGGCAGCACUGAAGAAGUGAAGAUUGGCAAUAAGAUGAGCAAGGCCAGGCAAUAUCCAUGGGGGGUCGUGCAAGUUGAAAACGAAAACCAUUGUGACUUUGUGAAGCUGCGUGAGAUGCUGAUCCGAGUGAACAUGGAGGAUUUGAGAGAGCAGACGCACACCCGUCACUACGAAUUGUACAGGCGUUGUAAGCUGGAAGAAAUGGGAUUCAAAGACACUGACCCAGAUAGCAAACCAUUCAGUCUCCAAGAGACCUACGAAGCAAAGAGGAAUGAAUUCCUGGGUGAACUGCAGAAGAAGGAGGAAGAAAUGAGACAGAUGUUCGUCAUGAGGGUGAAGGAGAAAGAAGCAGAAUUGAAAGAAGCAGAGAAAGACCUCCAUGAAAAGUUUGACCAUCUCAAGCGGACGCACCAAGAAGAGAAGAAAAAAGUGGAAGACAAAAAGAAGGAGCUCGAGGAGGAGCUGAGCAACUUCCAGAAGAAGAAGGCAGCUGCUCAGCUACUACAGUCGCAGGCUCAACAGGCUGGUUCUCAACAAACCAAGAAAGACAAGGACAAGAAAAAUGCAAGCUUCACAUAAAGCCUGGCCAGCCAAGGAUGUUCCUGCAUUCACCUGCUUUUGCAGUAAUGUGUCUCUGCCAUCUGCGUGGUUUUUGUUUUAAACACAAAUAGCUAUUAACUCAUUUAAUAAUGGAGUGGGUGGGUGAGGCAGCCAGCACCUGGAAAUUGAGUGGGGGAAGGGGGUGAUUUUGUUUGAAAAGUCAAUGCCAUUUGUCUCUCUGGUGAUAGCAGCAGCAGUCUAUCAUAUCUGCAACUUGGUCUUGAAUUGAGAGCACGGACGGUGUGUCAUGGGUUUGAUCCAAGGCCCCUUAAUUAAAGACGCUGUAAGGGGUUCCGGAUCAGGCCUUAAAUGCUGCAGUUCUCUUUUGUGCACACUGCUCUCUGCAGACAGCAGGCAUUCCCCUGACUUGCACUGAAUAGCUUCUCACCCCACAACCAAGCCCGUGGAUUUCUCUGGAAGUCCUCGUGGUGUGAGAAGCCAUUCGGUGCGAAUUAGAUCUCUGCAGACUUGGCCAAAGUCUCCCCAGUGUGUUUGCUAAACCCAUACGUCCACUUAAAUGAGUGUUUCUUUGAUAGCUGAUUUGUAAGACUGUAGCAAUCCCAUUGUUAGGGGUUUUUUGUGUGUAUCUAUCAAAAGACCAACUGAUGUUGCAUGUUUUACUCUUGCAUGAGUUUGUUUGUUUGUUUGGUUUUUUUUACACUUUAUGGAUAAUACGACUUUUGGCUUGGCUUUUUGUUAUGCGCCCAACAGGUUAAAUAUCUCUGCAAUAAUCCUUUUAUAUUCAGUGUUGUGGCUAACCGUGCAGUGUGCAUCAAAAUGAACUGCAAAUUCCCAAGACAGAAGGUUUUCCCCACUCAAUUGCUUUGAAAUCAAGUGUCCCCCAUCAAACUAACCAGGUGACUGAAACCGAAUCCAAAGCUUGAAUACGCUGUCCCCAGAUUGCCUGAGUACGAUGAUCAUCCCACCAUGCUCCAUGGACUCCUCUAGGGCCCCAUUCAGCAAACCCAUGGUCAUGCAUUGACUUCAGGAAGAGUCCUUAUAGGGGUAAAUAUUUGCACAUGCUUAAGCGGUUGCAGGAUCAGUCUCGGAACAUUCCGUUGUCAGAGAAUCAUUAAAGGACUUAAUUAAAACUCCAUUAAUAUCAGUUACUCUGGGCUCCUAAACACAGAAUACAGGUGCUCAUUCUCUAUAGCUAUCUUGCUUGACAGAGACAUAAUGAAGGUAACAUCAAUGCACGGCCGGCAAAGGCUUGGGAUGCAAAUAGAAAAACGGUGACUGAACAUCUAGCAUAAGCUAGGCCUUUUCUUAGGGCAUACUUGGUGAGAAAACUAACCUAACUGUUUAAUUUGUAUUUUCUAUGCCGUUCCUGUUUGGACAGAGUCUUUUCCUUUCUGAUACGUUCCAAGAAGUGGCAACCCAUGUUUACCCUAUGACUUCUGGAUCUUUCUCUACUGCUGAUGUGCUGCCAGGUUUCCCUCUGCUCCUAGCUAGGUAGUCUCCUGUUUUCUUACUGUAAAGCACACUUGAACUUAACCCUCUUCACCUAAUCCCACACAUUCCCACUUUGUGAAAGUCUUAACCCAGUGCUUUGGGUAAAAACAAGCAAGGUGGGAAUGUGUGGGGGUUGCUUUGUUGGUUUUUUUCUCUCUCCCCCUCACUGAAUAAACAUGGCUCUUAGGGAGGGGAAAGGAUCUCUGGACAAACGGCAUGCAUUGAAGCAAAGGAAAAAGCAGGGAAAAGCUAUUUUGCAGUUCAAGCUAAGUUGUCCCGGGGCUAUCACAAUCACUGGAUGGACCAACAGUGGCAGUCGCUUGAGCCUAACCUUGCUAAUUCACGGGGUGUUGAACACAUGAAGCCAGUUUCUAGCCAAGGGCUGCGUGUGAUCAUGUAAUAUGCACAAGUCUGAAGCUUACAUGUUUGCGUAGUGUACUUGCAUCAGCUGUGUCUGUGCAUGUCCGUUUUUUAAUUAACAUGGGGGGGGGGGAAACAGGUGAAGUGAGGGGGUUGUGCCAAGUAAAAUAAUUUAAAUUUAACAUUAGUUUCUUCUGCUUGGUUUCAAAUCCCUUUCAGGGGAAGCUUGGCAGAGGAAAAGUAGCUGGCUAUUUUCAUUUUGGACAUGAAGCUGCUGCCAUAUGUAUUAAAUGCUGCUGGGAGGGGCUAGUUGGGUCCCCCGCUCCAAAGCAGUUUUGGAAAGGCUGGGCAUGAAUUGCAAACUUGCAAAAGUGUUUGGGGUUGUGUUUUUUGCCAAAUAGCACACUAACUUUAACAAUCCCUGGGCCAUGUUUAGCUUGUUACUGCUGCACUUCUCUUUCCUUUCUGUAUCUAUGCCUUUUUUCACAGUAGUCCCUGGCUCUGCACGGAAUAAAUGACCCCCUCAAAGCUAGUUGGAUGUGCUUUUCACCUUUGCAUGUAAGUACAGCAGCAAAAGACCGCUCUGCCCGCUUUUGAAAUGAAUGAAAGUUGACUUUUUUCAACCAGUGGCAAUGAGAGUUUCUAAAAUUUUAAGUAAACCACCAGCUGCAGCUGGGAUUUUCAAAGGAGCUAAAGGGAGUUAGGCACCUGAUUAGCGACAGUAACUCAUUUGAAAAUUCCAAAUUAAGGUGGCACUAGCCUCCACAGAGCCUCAAAAGCAAGUGUGAGGGUUACAGCCAUGACUGGUCACACACCAGUGCCUCUGGGAAAGGCGUUGGUCAGUCAAUUCUUAGGAUGUUAUAAAUGAGCAGGAAUAACCAAUGGAGGGCUCAUUUCUGGGAAUCCAAGUACUCCCUGGAUGUGGAGGACACACUGGCCACUUGGGCUAGUUGAUGAUGGUUCUGAAAUGCACUGCUGGAGCCACCUUAUUCCCACUGACUUUACAGCUAAGUUUAAAAAAUGGAAAAUACGGUGGGCGGGAGGGGGUCAUGGUUCAAGAGUGUUCCUCUUGCACUCCAUGGCAAAACUCUGUUCCUAGAAAUGUCAACACUUUUGUGGCUGAGGAGCAGUGGGUUAGCGGUGGGACAGGGAGACUUAAACUACUAAGGAAGUGCAGAAAGUACCCUUUCAGCUGCCAGGCCAAGUGGUGUGCCCCUGAACCCUGGAAGCUUUCUUAAAGCAGUAAACCGAUAAGCAAGUAAAAAUAAACAAAUAAAAUAAGGGUUUUAAAAAAUGAAAUACACGAGUCGUCUUGACAAAGUGGUAAGUGAUCUUGUAUUUAACAAUUCCAUUUUUUCCAAGUCAUUCUCAUUCUAUUUUUAAAUGGUUGUGAUGGAAAAAACAGCAAUGUCUGAUGUUGGUGUGCAAUCAUAUCAAAUCUGUCCAUUUGAAUCGUGGUGUGAUUUGUCGUUCUCACAAUGUUAGCAAUAUCGGUUUCCUCCAAGGAAUCAUGUGCAUUUACAGUAUAUCUGUGUGAGGCCCUAGUCAGCGUGUAACAGCAGGGGAAUAUGCAAAUAUGAAGGAUGUUUUUAAACUAACUGAAAAUAAAGCUGUGAACAGCAGUAGGAAUAUUUUGUGUACUUUUUUUAAAAAAAUGCUCAUAGCCUUAAAUGAUGGGUUAUUUUCAAAGAGCAAGGUAAUGUUCUACACCUAUGUUUUUGUCAAGAUGACUGUGUCCCAACAGCCAGUGUUAAUGAAGAAUUAUACAUGUAUGUAUCUUAAAUGUCACUUUUUGAUGUCAGAAUAUUUCAUUUUUUUGUAGUCCAAAAUGAAUCCUUAUUUUCCAGCAUUGCUCCGUUCCUUUUUAUGUGAAUACUGCCAACACACAACGUGGGAAAGGGAAAUAUAUUUUUACCCAAA